AUGGCAGAGUCCAGUGAGAAGGCAAACAGCUCACUCUUUAAGUGGCUCGAUGAAGUUUGGCACAACAUUCUGCUUCAGCCAGAUGAUAAGCUUGCGGUCAGCUCGUUUGAGAGCUAUAUCGCCAAAGAUGUAAGAGUCAAGAUCAACCACGAUUUCAUCACUCGGGAAGCAUUCUUCGGCUAUGUUACGAGCACGCGUGCAUCCCACACGCUAACGCAGCUCAGCAAAAAGGAGAUCAAAGUGUGGGAAGCCCCUGGAGGAGGCGGUUGCGUUGUAGACGAAGCCGUGGUUGUCUUCAAGAACAAAGAGACGGGUGAAAGCUACACGGGCACGGUUGUGAUGGUUUCUGAUGUACGCGUGGGAGAAGAUGGCAAGAUGACGAUUGUAGAAACGACGGAGGUAGUCACACGGACCAGUUGA